GCUGCGCGCGACGAGGCCUCCGCGUUCAUGGCCUACUUCCCGCCGGAGAUAGAGGACUCGGUGAUCGCCAUGACCAACCUGGAAGCGGACAGGCGCAGGCCCGCCAUCGACGGGUGGAAGCCCAUGGGCCCCGUCGAGUUCCGGGCCUACGUGGGGCUGCUCGUGCUCGCCGGCGUGUACAGGUCCCGGGGAGAGGCCUGCGAGAGCCUGUGGGACGCCGAGAGCGGCAGGUCCGUGUUCAGGGCCGCGAUGCCGCUCAAGACCUUUCGAGCCUACUCGAGCGCGCUGCGCUUCGACGACAGAGAGGCCAGACGAGCCGUGCGAGGCGAGGGCUGCGGCGGCGGCCACGGCUACGACAAACUGGCCCCCAUCAGAGCCGUGUGGGACGAGUGGUGCGCGAGGCUGCCCGCCAUGUACCGACCGGGACCGGAGGUCACCGUCGACGAGAGACUGGUGCCGUUCAGAGGAAGGUGUCCGUUCAGACAGUACAUGCCCAGCAAACCGGCCAGGUACGGGAUCAAGAUAUGGGUGGCGUGCGACGCGCGCUCCAGCUACGCGUGGAAGAUGCAAGUGUACACCGGCAAGCCCGACAAGCGCGGCCCUCCCGAAAAGCACCUGGCCGCUCGAGUGGUCUUGGACCUCACCGAGGGAUUGCCGCCGGGACGCAACGUCACGUGCGACAACUUUUUCACCUCGCGCGAGCUCGCCGACAGGCUCUUUCGCGAAAGAGGCCACACGGUGCUGGGCACCCUGCGAGCGAACAGACCCGAGAUCCCCAGGGAGCUGCGCUGCGUCAAGGGCAGGGCCGUGGGCUCCGUGGAAUCCGUAGUACUCGCCGGCUCCGCGGCACGAGGAGAGGGAGGAGGAGGAGGAGGAGGAGGAGGAGGAGGAGGAGGGCCAGACACGAUCAUCCUCUCCUACGUGGCCAAAAAGAACAAGAACGUGCUGCUCCUCACCACCGCUCCUCGCUACCACCGCCGCUCCGGCCCCGAGCCCCGGCCUAGCCGCCGCCGCAGCGGCAACGGCAAAAGCAACGGCGACGGCAAACCUCCCUUGGUGCUGCAUUACAACCGCACCAAGGGAGGCGUCGACAACCUGGACAAGGUCGUGAGCACGUACAGCUGCAGGAGAAAGACCUGCAGGUGGCCCGUGGCCCUUUUCCACAACAUGGUGGACGUGGCGGCCUACAACGCGUUCGUGCUCUGGAGGGAAAUUCACCCCGACUGGAUGGCGGGCAAGCUCAACAGACGAAGGCUCUUCCUCGAGCGGCUGGGCAAAGCGCUCGCGCGCCCCAUGAUCGAAGCCAGGGCGUUAGCGCGAGGAGGAGGAGGAGGAGGAGGAGGAGGAGGCCGAGUCGCGGCCCGAGGUACUACUGCUGCUGCUAGUACUACUACCACUGCUACCGAGGCCGACGGUGCCGACGCUACGCCGCGCGACUCCUCUCCGGUCAAGAGGCGAAGGUGCCGCGUGUGUCCCAGGAGCAAAGACGUCAAGACCAAGAUCCUGUGCCGCGAGUGCCGAGCGCACGUGUGCAUCAACUGCGCCGUCCAGUACUGUCCCAACUGCGCCGCUUCACGCAACCCCACCCCACCCUAAACGUUUUUUAGGAGACCGAUGAUCGUCCUUUUUACACGAAGGAGAAGGACGAGAAGACGAAGACGGUCUCUGAACGUAUUCUGCGCAAGAUAAUACCGACCGAUGUGUGAAACGAGUGCACGCGUGCCGUUACGUCGCCUGAAAGGACACAAAUGCUGUAUGGUUUUGUUCGUGAUUGUUUUUUUUAUUGUCGCCAAUAAACAAAGACUACAACAUUUCAUGUGAGUUGUUUGUACGCUUGGAGAAUGAGAUUAUACUAGAGAGCAGGUUAAUGCAGAGCGCCACGUCUCGCUUUAGCCGGCGUUCUGAGGACUUUGCGAUUCGU